GGCUUAACGCGUUGUUUUGGGUGGCUUCGGCCUAUUUAUAUCAACUACUACUCAGUAAUUAAGAUGAAGAUUGAACUUAGAUUGGAAAGAAGCAUUUAUUGUUUAAUUUUGUGAAAUUGCUUUUGCUCGAGAGUGAUGGAGCCUGAUCACAACGGAGGUUCAUCAGAUCAACCAACUCUAGGAAGAAUAAUUGAAGAAGAGAUGGAACAUGUGAAUCAUGUGUGUUAAGAAUGUAUAACCGAGCGGUUAGCCAAAAUAUUCCAGUUACUGAUCAAGAUCUAAUUCGUCGAAUGCUUUAUGGAAGAACAAGUGGCUAUAAAUUUGUAUAGCGAAGCAGUUAGCGAAGGAUGUCCAGUUUCUCUCGAUCGAGUUCGUGGAAUAGUAAUAAAGGCUUUUCAGCCUGCUGCUGGGAGGCUUUUGAGUGAAGGGACUCGGAAUGAGUAUUCCGAGGAAAGAAGCCUACAGCUGAAGUUCUGAGGUGAGUGCCUGAAGUUGGCUCUGCUUGAUCCGAAUGGGCAUACUGUGACCUGUGGCCCUGGAUCUUCUGCAAAGGUGGAGAUACUACUUCUUGAGGACAAUGGUGAUGUUAAUGAACACAACAUGACUCUUGAAAUGUUUGAUAGAAGCAUUCAAACAGGAGAUAAGAAGAGGCCACACUUUUCUCGAAAAAGUGUCAAGUAUAUAUCGCUCAAGAAGGGUGUUGCGGAUUUGAAUGAUAUUAAGUUGGGACACGACAGUGAAUGGAGUAUGUUGUGCAGCUGCAGGCUGGGGGCGAGGAUUGCGCAGAAUCUUAAAGGAACUACUGUGCAUGAAGCAUGGACUGCACCAUUUAAGGUUAAAGAUAAGCGCGCCAAACAGAAUGAGAAAUAUCCCUGUCCAUAUCUUACUUCUGAAGUUUGGAGAUUGAAGGAAAUUUCCAGGAAAGGCAAGCGCUAUGAAAGACUGGAAAAGAAUCACAUCAAAACUGUGCAAGAUUUUCUGUUUUGGUACCAUGUCAUUCCUAAGGAGCUCCAAAACAAAAUAUUAUGUGUCGGUGAUGUCACAUGGAAUACAAUAGUGGAUCGUGCUCAGAGAUGCAAAAUUGAUUGCAAGAAGACGUUCUGUUGCAAAUCCUCGAGCGAACCUCAAAGAUGUGUUAUUUACGAUUGUGUGGGAAAACUCAAGGGGGAAAUGAUAGAGUCCCAGUUUGUUGGGAUUGAUAAUCUGUCUGCUGCUAGAAAGGAUGAUGCACUCAAGAUACUGAGAUCUGUAUUAGAAAGAGCAUCUGCGUUAUAUGACGCUAAAAAUGAGUUUACAUACCCAAUCACAAGCGCCAUCUGUGAUUAUGAGACUCUUGGAUCAAAAGAAAGAGGAGAGGUGUCCAAACCUGAUCCUCAAUUCACCCCUCUUGAUACCUCAGUUUAUGAGGAUUUAGAAAUAGGCUUCGAGAUUCAACAAUUUAGUGGAAAGUGGAGGCAGCAGGGGAGUGCAGCAGGUGGCGAGAUGGAGGGAGUUGGAGGUUCAAAAGAAAGAGGAGUGGUAUCCAAUACUGAUUCUCAACUCACCCCUCUUCAUAUCACAGGACAGAGUGCAUCAUAUUUUCUGAAAAAGGUUUAGGGUGUAAUAUAUCCUGAAUUCCUCUUCCUCUUGUGUUUCCAGAAAGAGUGCAGCAGGUGGUGAGAUGGUUGGAGGUUCAAAGGAAAUCACAACAAUUUUACAAUCUGUUUUAUAUGAUGAUGAAAAUGAGACGGGAGAGGGAUAUAAUGAGAAACUGUUACCACCUGGAUUCCAAAACUGUGGGCAGGAUAAACAUAAUUCUUCUCAGGAGCACCUAGCUGGUUUGCAUCCAUAUAGUGACGGAACUGAAGUAGGCGGAUCGAGCAGUGGUACACAUUUAGACGUUACAUUUGACAAUAACUACUCAAUAAUGAACUUGCAUGGAGAGCAUCUUGGAUCAAAAGAAAGAGGAGUGGUAUUCAACACUGAUCCUCAACUCACCCCUCUUCGUAUCUCAGAUUUUGAAGUAGGUUCCGCGAGUGCAGCAGGUGGUGAUAUGGUUGUAGGUGGAGGUUCAAAGGAAAGCGCAAUGUCAGCAUUAAAAGUGGAUGAGCAGUUGCUUCAUGACCAUGAGUACCACGCUCAAAGCCCAAAUCCCAUGACGUAUUAUUAUGAUGAUCAUUUGCAUUAUGUUGCUAAUUCGCCACGUGAUUCGCACAGUAAUCUACGGGUGAGUAAACAAUCAAGCAUGAACAACACCAUUGGUACAGCUCAGGCAUCGCAAACUAGAGUGCUCAUCACUGGAUUCCAAGCCAAAAUGUGCGAGAAAAUAUUGAAUGAAUUUGUUCAAAAAGUGGUGCAUCAUCGUACAGUUUCAGUGCUGCGGGUGAAGAUGUUGUAUCAAAAAUUAUCCAAGAGGCUAUCCAAGAAACAUUAAUUUCUGCGGGUGAAGAUGUUGUAUAAAAAAUUAUCCAAGAGGCUAUCCAAGAAACAUUAAUUUUAUUACAUUCGAAUGGAGUAGAAAUUGAAGAUGAAUGGACUAGAGAUUGAAGUCUAGUGGACUCAUCAGUGAAGAAAGAGACCAAGAAGAUUAGAUAGUUAUAUCAUUAUUUCUGAUUGGAGACUACACAAGCUGUUUUUGGUAU